UUUCUUAAAGUUUAAAUGAUAAAAUGGGUCUAACUAAGCAAUAUUUGGCCUAUCGCGCCAUAGACAGUUUUAACAUAAUCGCUUCUGGUCGCGCCAAUGUGAAUUUCGCCGUACUUGAGAAAAGUGAGGGACGCUUUGUUGCUGCCCCGGCAGCUGAGAAUGUUAUCAUUUGGGAUUUAAGGAUGGGCGAUCGUAAGCUGACGCUGCGCCGCGAAAAGCAAGAGGUUACCGCCUUGCGUGUCUCACCUGAUCAUUUACACAUUGCCGUAGGCUAUGCGGAUGGUGUAGUUCAGAUAUUCGAUUUGAGCUCAGGCACGUACUACGAUGCAAUAUGCUCGUUGGCGCUACACAAAAAUGCUGUAAGCAUCCUGCGCUACGAUGCACAUGGCAUGCGGCUAGUGAGCGGCGGUCUGGACACAGAGCUCGUCGUUGUGGAUGUGGUGGAACAGGCGGGCCGUCAACGUCUCAGCGGCCACAAUGCAGCCGUUACAGAUGCACACUUCUUACAGCGUUUAGUCGACCAAGACAUUGUGGUUAGCUCCUCGAAGGACACACAGAUCAAAUUUUGGAACUUGGAGACACAGUUCUGCUUCAAAACGAUUGUCGACAAUCGCACCGAAAUAUGGGCUUUGGCUUUUAUAAAUGAUUUGAUGGUUGCCGGCGCUGGAGAAAGCGGCAUGAAUGUCUAUCGGCUACGCAAGCGCGGAGAUAACGCAGCCCAAUCCCUGGAAACAGCUGUCGAGGGCUUUGCUAUAGAUGACGAGGAUACAAUAAGUCCACUGAGCGUCAGUAACUGCGGUACAAUACAACGUGCGGGCAAAGGGCGCACCGUAAAUUUGGUGGCCGAUCCUAACGAGCGCGUGCUAAGCUGCCAUGGCACUAAUGAUCUUAUUGAAAACUUUUACAUAUGCAACGCAGAGGAAGCCAAGCAGCGACUGGCCAAGCGUCUGAAAAAGGCGCGCAAAAAGGCACAGGAGGGUGCAGCGCAAGAGGAGGAUGAGGAACAUCUAUCCAAGGAGAUGUCACUCAGCGAUGAAAUAAAGCGCCUAGAGAGCAUCAAAACGAAACAGAAAAUCAAAUCGAUUGAUGUGCUACUUGGCCAGAACAACGAACUACGCGUGUUAGUCAGCCUUUCCAAUAACAGCAUGACUUUGUACUCCCUGGAGGCUUCGCUCAAGUCGCGGAAGCCAACCGCCAAGUCAGCUGCGCCUACGGACAGCAGUGUCAAGACGCUGCGCUCACUAACACGACUCGGCCAUCAGUCGGAGGUGCGUUCCGUGUGCUUCAGCAACGAUUCGCUAGCGAUUGGCUCUGGCUCCUGUGAUUCCUUUAAAUUUUGGGAUCGUGAUGCUAUGCAAUGCCUGCGAACAAUGCCCACAGAUUACAUACUCUGUUCGCGCUUUGUGCCCGGCGAUCGUUAUGUGCUGCUGGGCAUGAAAAGCGGAAAACUGCUGAUUGUAGAUGUGGGUGCAGCGGACAUUGUGGAACAGAUACCCGCACAUGAGAGCGAAUUGUGGAGCUUGGCUCUACUUCCGGAUCAGAAGGGCUGCGUCACAGGUAGCAGUGAUACAACACUGAAAAUCUGGACUUUUGAGCUAAUUGAUUCCGCUGGCGAGGGCGAGGCACAAACCAAGGUGCUCUCGCUGCUGCACAAAAAUACCCUCAAGCUGGAGGAGACGGUGCUGUGUGUGGCCAUUAGCCCGGACAUGAAGUACCUGGCCGUUGGCCUCCUAGAUGCCACUGUGAAGAUCUUCUUUUUGGACACAUUCAAGUUUUAUUUAUCACUGUACGGACACAAAUUGCCGGUGCUCUGCAUGGACAUCUCCUAUGAUUCCCAAUUAAUAGCCACUGGUUCCGCCGAUCGCAACAUCAAGAUCUGGGGUCUGAAUUUCGGUGAUUGCCAUCGCUCGAUUUUUGCACAUGACGAUUCGGUGAUGUCACUGCAAUUUAUACCCAAGACGCACAUGUUCUUCAGCUGUGGUAAGGAUGGUAAAGUCAAGCAGUGGGACGGCGAUUCCUUUGAGAAGAUACUGACUCUGCCUGGCCACAUUGGCGAGGCGCACUGCCUCUCUGUGUCACCUAAUGGUCGCUAUUUGGUAACAUGCGGCUCUGAUCGGACACUGCGAAUGUAUGAGCGCACGGAGGAAACAAUUGUGCUCAAGGAUGUGCAGGAGGAGGAACGUGAGCAGCUGGAAAACGAGCGACUGGCCACCGGCGAGGACAAUAGCGUUCCAUUGCUUCCAGGCUUAAAAUUACCCUCGCGGAAAACUGUUGGCUCCGAGCAGGCAGCUGAAUCUAUCAUGGAAUGCCUGGAAAUAUCGAAACAAUUCGAGACGGAGGCAGAUGAGAAGCCCGAGCUACAUCCACUGAUGCUCGCGCUGCAAGCGAAAAACCCAAAUGAUUUCCUUGUCACGACCUUGGUGCGCAUACGCACAUCCGAUAUGGAGGAGGCGUUGCUGCUGCUGCCCUUCUCCAUUGUCUGUGAGCUGCUGGAGCGCUUGCCCGCCCUGAUCACCCAAAGACCCGACGAAGUGGAGCUGCUCUGUCGCGUAACCGUGUUUCUGUUCAAGGUGCACAUGAAGCCCAUUGCAGCGGCUAAAUCGAUGAAGCCGCUGCUUCUCAAACUGCUGGGGCUGCUCAAACACGAUGUCCAGCAACUGCGCGACACCAUGGGCUACAACCUGCACGCCCUAUCGCUGCUGCAGACGGAGGUAGAGCAGCGCGAAGGAGUCCAGCUGUUCCGGGAUGCGACGCUGGCGCGACGCAAGCAAGAAAAGAAACGUCGAGCCGCUUCUAAACGACGAUUACAGAUUCAAAUGGUGUGAAGACGUUUUAUUAUAGGACCU